CUGCUUCCUAAGGCUCAUUGGGUGAAUGAUGAACCCCUCAUACUAGCAUUUGUUCCCCCAUACCUGGCUUCACUCGCACCUUUGAAACCUGUCUUGCUCCUUGAACAGGAAAACCCUGUUCAAACUCCAUUCUAACCAGAGCAGCAUUCUUGUUGUGUUAAUCCCUUCGUGCACAUCUUGUGCGUGGUCCCUGUGUAGGCUUCAGUAUCCCAUAAAUCUGGGUUUGAAUUUAGGCUUCUCCAGUCAUGGUCUUUGGAAUGUUAGUUAACCUCCAGCCUCACUUUUCUUAGCCGAAAGCGGUGAUGACUACUUCCCUGUCUUAUGACGUGUUGCAGAUUGGUGUGAUCUAUCUAAAAAGACUUGCCUCCUUUCUCUGUCCAGAGCAUCUCUACACAGUCCAGGGACUGCUGCCCCACCCCUUUGGAUUUCUCUUCUCUACAGUUCUGUAUCUUAUAGUGAUUAUGAUUAGCUCUUGUAAUAUCUCAGGUAUAGUGUUGAAGCCAGGAAGAACCUUAGGAAACAUUUUACAGAUGAUGAAACAGAAGGGAGGUGAUAAGACCACCAUCCUUGCCUUUAAAGAACUUACAGUCUAGACGGGGGAACUGUGCCAUCCCCCUUCCCCCACCCAAGUCUCUGAUAAUAGGCCUGGAAGCCCGGGCUCCCAGCACCCUCUCUGUUAGCCCCUACAGCCUCUUGUUAGGGCAUUCAGCAUCUGUUGCCUAGCUUUAUUUUCAAUUUAUUUCAUCUGUGGCUGUAUUUUCUCCAAACCCACAUUGUAAUCUUUUAUGCAUUUCUUAAUGAAGUGUGAAAUUGUGCCUAAGUGUCAAAUGAGCAUAAUUUCUGUCUUCUGGUUCUUUUGCUCCCUCCCUCCUUUUAUUUCCCCUGAUAAUAAAGCACCUUAGGCAAUGUGCUUGUUUAUAUUUUAGUACGCUGUUGAAUUGAGGUAAGUGCAGACAAAGAUUCUUGCUCUGGUUAAAGUAUUAUAAAAUAUAACUAGAAAGUACAUGUAAAAGUACUUAGCUUGGUAUCUAGUACAUAGUAGAUGUUUAGUGAUCUUGUUAUUAUAAAAAGCUACCAAAUAAAAUUUUCUCCUCUGUAAGAUUGUUUUUUCUCCUAGUAUUCAUGACAUGAUUAGGUGGAGGAUAUAAAAUGUUCCUAUGAUAGUUACAUUCUUUCAACUCAAAAUUAGUUCUGUUGUAUUUUGUCUUGUGUUGCAAAAUAUGCUGAACAUGGUUCCUUUCAGUUUUGUUUUUUGUAAUUUUUGCAAAGUCAACUUCCUCCAUUCUCAUUUUUAAGGAAUCAAACUCUAAGGCUUCAGUAGAACUAGAUAUGGAGAUGAUGUGUUUAUUGAAGUCAUUUUUAUUUCCAAAUAUAGGUAUCCCUCAGUAUCCGAACUUUUGCUAUCCAGACUCAGGACCCAAAUCCAUUUGGAUACAUUUUCUAGACAGGGGUGUUUGAUGGAAGUAGUAUCCCUCGCUAUGCAAACUCUCCCUGUCUGUAACUGAAGAACCUCCUGGAGUCUGAGAGCCAGGGACACCUGUAUUCCUAGUAAGAUUCUACCCUUCAGACAUCUGAUGUUGUGUUCAGUAGAAAUAAAGGACACUCUGUAUGAGGAGGACUGGAGACAAGUUUACAAGAGUCAAUGCAUGUGUGGAUGUAGUGCUCUCAGGGGUGAAGCUCUUGCAGGCACUUGGCCUGAAUCCUGAGAAUGGGAAAGAUCACAGCGUUCUGCAUUCACGGAAUGAUCUAAAAGAAACCUUCGUUCACUUCAUGGGGAAGGGAGCAGCUGCUGAGCGCUUCUUCAGCGAUAAGGAAACUUUCCAUGACAUUGCCCGGAUUGCGUCAGAGUUCCCAGGAGCCCAGCACUAUGUAGGAGGAAACGCAGCUUUGAUUGGACAGAAACUUGCAGCCAACUCAGAUUUAAAGGUUCUUCUUUGCGGUCCAGUUGGUCCAAAGCUGCAUGAACUUCUUGAUGACAAUGUAUUUGUUCCACCAGAGUCACUGCAGGAAGUGGAUGAGUUCCAUCUCAUUUUAGAGUAUCAAGCAGGGGAGGAGUGGGGCCAGUUAAAAGCUCCCCAUGCCAACCGAUUCAUCUUCUCCCACGACCUCUCCAACGGGGCCAUGAAUAUGCUGGAGGUGUUUGUGUCUAGCCUGGAGGAGUUUCAGCCAGACCUGGUGAUCCUCUCUGGAUUGCACAUGAUGGAGGGACAAAGCAAGGAGCUCCAGAGGAAGAGACUCUUGGAGGUUGUGACCUCCAUUUCUGACGUCCCCACUGGCAUUCCAAUUCACCUAGAGCUGGCCAGUAUGACCAACAGGGAGCUCAUGAGCAGCAUGGUGCUUCAGCAGGUCUUUCCCGCAGUGACGUCCCUUGGGCUGAAUGAACAGGAGCUGUUAUUUCUCAGCCAGUCGGCAUCUGGACCUCACUCCUCUCUCUCUUCCUGGAACGGGGUUCCUGAUGUGGGCAUGGUCAGUGACAUCCUCUUUUGGAUCCUGAAGGAACAUGGGAGGAGUAAAAGCAGAGCCUCAGACCUCACCAGGAUCCACUUCCACACGCUGGCCUACCACAUCCUGGCGACUGUGGACGGAUACUGGGCCAACCAGCUGGCGGCCGUGGCUGCAGGAGCUCGCGUGGCUGGAACACAGGCCUGUGCAACAGAAACCAUAGAUGCCAGCCAAGUGUCUCUGAGGGCACCCCAAGAGUUCAUGACUUCCCACUCGGAGGCAGGCUCCAGGAUCGUAGUAAACCCAAAUGAGCCAGUAGUAGAAUGGCACCGGGAGGGAACAUCCUUCCACUUCACACCAGUGCUGGUGUGCAAAGAUCCUAUUCGAACUGUGGGCCUUGGAGACGCCAUUUCAGCCGAAGGACUCUUCUAUUCAGAAGUACACCCUCACUAUUAGGAAGGUGGUUGUGGGUAAUUUUUCUGAAGGAGGAGAACUAGCCAACUUAAGAAUGACAGGAAUUAAGUGGUUUGGAAAAUAGGACUGAGGAUGUCAAAACAGUUUCUAGAUCGAACUGAAAGACAGCCAAAGAAACAACAGAUUAAACUAUAUCAGAUACAUUCCAUCCUGUUGACAAUUACAUGAAAACAUUUCAGGUUUUAAUCAAAAUUUAGCUAUCUACUAACAAAACUGGAUUUUUGUUUUUUUAUGUUGUAUGUUACAGGGGUAAAAACUUGAUUCCCAUAUCCCCAAUUUAUGAAGCAUCAUCAGGUAUUUAGGCCAAACUUCUUCACCCUCAAGAGCAUGUCAGCUGGAGAAAGCACUUCCCUCCUUGCCCACUUCAGAAGUGCAUGCUUGCUCACCCACACUCCUCGUCUCCAGUGGAGCCCAGUGUGAAGUUCUUGGGUUCUCUCAGCUCAGCGCUCAUGGGCAGAAUCAUGGUUUCCAUUCAGUGUUAUAAUGAAAAUAUUUAAUGAGCACACCUUCUCAGUCUUCUGCUCUCAAACAGGACAGAGCCACAAGUAAGGACAAAACAGUCCCUCCUGUGCUUCCUAGUUGCAGCAGAGGCUGAGAGCCUUGAGGAGCCUUCGAAGGAGUCAGCCAUUCAGCACUUGACCAACAGGGCAGCACUGUGAGCGGAAGGGCUAUGCCUUCCUGUCCUGGCUCCUUAGACUGUAGGCUGGCUGGUCAGAGGCUGCUGUGCCUGGGCCCAACCCCAUCACCCAGCUCUGGACAUGCUUUCUGCAUUAGAAGACUGAUCUUUGUUCAUUCUGAUCCUUGAAGGAGUUUCCUUUUACAACUGGAAUGUGCUUCUGUGUGUAUAACAGAUCAUAUAUGUUUUACAUUGACACAUCAUAGCCAUUAAAAAGUUUGACCUCAUAAGAGCCCAGGAUCAUGAAUAAAUUUAUGUAUUUAUUUUUUUAUAAAUCAAGAUUUCUGUGUGCUUUUAAAUAUAUUAAAAACAAUUUACAUUUCGGGAA